UAACGGCGCUAUCAGCACAAACCUCGCCUUGUGCCAGCCGGGCUUUGCCUCUAAUUCAUGGAAACGGGGUGUAAAAGUGAUGAAAAGCAGUACUUGGGACCUUUAUCUGUCCCUCUGAAGCCGUUUCCUCAUUGCCAGGAAUCCAUGGUGUCUGCCCAGGCCCUGCUGACGUGACUCCUGAGCUCUGCGGGUCACCGGGACGCCGGUGUGGGUGGCUCCAUGUCCCAGCUCCAGAGCUCCUGGGACGUGCAGCAGCGGAGCAUGGCGUAUUUUCCAGAUCCAGACAUGGAGCCCGGGGCUGCCAGCACGUCCCUGCCCGACCCCGCCGGCGACGGCGACCGGAACGUGCCGCGGAUCUGCGGCGUCUGCGGGGACAGGGCCACCGGCUUCCACUUCAAUGCCAUGACCUGCGAGGGCUGCAAGGGCUUCUUCAGGAGGAGCAUGAAGAGGAAGGCCAUGUUCACCUGCCCCUUCAACGGGGACUGCAAGAUCACCAAGGACAACCGGCGGCACUGCCAGGCGUGCCGGCUCAAGCGCUGCGUGGACAUCGGCAUGAUGAAGGAGUUCAUCCUGACGGACGAGGAGGUGCAGAGGAAGCGGGAGAUGAUCCUGAAGCGCAAGGAGGAGGAAGCGCUCAAGGAGAGCCUGAAGCCCAAGCUCUCGGAGGAGCAGCAGAGGGUCAUCGACAUCCUGCUCGAGGCCCAUCGCAAAACCUACGACCCCACCUACGCCGACUUCUCCAAGUUCCGGCCCCCCGUGAGAAGCCACCCCAACAACAGGGGGGCAACAAAGUCCUCCUCUCUCCUCACCCAGGACCUGUCAGAGGAGGAUUCCACUGAUCUCUUCGGCUCCGAUGCCUUCAGCACAUUCCCAGACUCCGUGGAGCCCCGGAUGUUUUCAAACCUGGUCCUGUCCGAGGAGAACGACGAGAGCUCCUCCAUGAACAUCGAGUUCUCCCAGCUCUCCAUGCUCCCACACCUGGCUGACCUGGUCAGCUACAGCAUACAGAAGGUGAUCGGCUUUGCCAAAAUGAUCCCGGGAUUCAGGGACCUGUCAGCAGAGGACCAGAUUGUCCUGCUGAAGUCCAGUGCCAUCGAGGUGAUCAUGCUGCGCUCCAACCAGUCCUUCACCCUCGAGGACAUGAGCUGGACCUGCGGCAGCAACGACUUCAAGUACAGGGUCAGCGACGUCACCCAAGCUGGCCACAGCAUGGACCUGCUCGAGCCACUCGUGAAAUUCCAGGUUGGCUUGAAGAAGCUGAACCUUCACGAGGAAGAGCACGUGCUCCUCAUGGCCAUCUGCAUCCUGUCCCCAGACCGCCCGGGCGUGCAGGACACCUCGCUGGUGGAAUCCCUGCAGGACAGGCUCUCGGAGAUCCUGCAGACCUACAUCCGCUGCCGGCACCCGCCCCCGGGGAGCCGCCUGCUCUACGCCAAGAUGAUCCAGAAGCUGGCGGACCUGCGGAGCCUCAACGAGGAGCACUCCCGGCAGUACCGCUGCCUGUCCUUCCAGCCCGAGCACAGCAUGCAGCUCACGCCGCUCGUGCUCGAGGUCUUCGGCAACGAGAUCUCCUGACUCGGGUGUCCCGGGGAGCUGAGCCAGCCACGGGGGGAAGGGAGAAGCCAGCCUGGCUUUUCCCGAGCUCCCGGGCAGGAGUUUUGUACCUUGGGUUUGGUUUCGAGCUCCUGGAAGCCCUGCUUUGUUUGCAGGUUGGCAGGGAUGGACCCGGAUCCGUGUGGUUUCCCCACCAGGAGCAGCUUUCCCUGCUGUCUGUGCGAGCCGAUUUAUCCCUUUAUGGAUGUUUUGAGGCUGGG